AUGCCGCGCGACAGCAAUCGUGGAAGAUUGCGCUCGCACGAAGCCUGCCUCAAUUGCAGGAGAAAGAAAACUCGGUGUCCGGCUGAGAAGCCAGCCUGUUCCAGUUGUGUUCGCCUGAACCAGCCAUGCCUAUACACGUCGGUGCCAAGAGGCUCUCGCAGUGGCCCAUCGGCUGAUAGGUUGGCCUACUUGGAAGAGAAAGUGAAUCUCAUCCUAAAUGGCAACAGAAAUGUCCCACCAGAGGCACAAUCUUACAGCAGCGCUAAAGAUGUCCCCGACACUACCUAUUCGGCGGCCUCUUGUCCAUCAUCCGCCGACAUGGGUGGUAACCUCAACGAGUCCUUUCUGCUCGGGAUGAGCUUUGACGACUCAAAAGUUCGCCCAUCUUCACGGAUCACCCAGGCAAUAGAUCUCUACUUCCAAUACUGUCAUAGACAGCCUGUAUGGUGUUUCGAUCGCGAGGAAGUCAAAGACCCGAGCUAUAUAUCGGAGGAACUGGUAUGCAGUAUCCUUACACUCACGUCGCGCUUCUCACAAGAACGUGAUGAGAUGUUACAUUAUGGUGACACUGCUCGGACACUGGUCAUGCUUCGCAUUGCGAAUGGGACUGUUGAGCUUGAGACUAUUGAAAGUCUCUGUCUGCUUGCAUACUCCUCUUUCCUAGACGGAAAUGUACCCCUCGGCAGGUUUCAUCUUGGUCUUGCUCUUCAACUUUGUCGCUCUGCAAUGCUAGACCUUAAUUCCACAUACGGCAUCGAAUGCCCAUCGGUCGAGCGAAAGAAGAGGCUUUUUUGGAGUCUACAGUCACUUGAACAAUGCUACGGUCAAAUACACGGCUUUCUUAGCGUUCCAGCAGAUGUUUUGCGUCAAUUUUAUACGGCCAGCGGUGACGAGCAAGUCCUUCGGAAGAAUUCCGAGCCAAAGCCUCCACCGCUCCCGACUGAUGAAAUUGGUUGUUCCACUUCAGCGGACAUCGGGAUCUGGAGUUUGGCACUGCACUUCGGAUGGGUCUGGAGUCGGGUCAGAUCAUACGUCUUUGACUGUGCUCAGAGCAGGCUCAAGGAGCCCUGGCGACACGAUUCGAUGUAUGCAAUGGUGCUCUCCGAUCUCACAGAAAUCGAGAACAAACUCUCCAUGUGUCAUCGAUACGAUUCCGUCAAGUUCUACGAGCGCCGAGCAGAUGAACUGAGAAUAAACAGGGAAUACUGGGCUCCCUGGCUCAAACUGCAGUUUACCUAUCAUUCCAUAUUGACCGUGAUGAACCAUCCCUUCCUCUAUAUUGUGGCGUCUCAGUACAAUCACAACUUGACAAUUCCCAAUACCUUCUGGAGGCGAUCUUCAGAGCUCGUUCUUCUUCAUGCUACCUGGGUCGUUCGCAUGAUCGACAUGGUCGCCGAAAAGAAGAUGCGACUCAUCGACCCAUUCUUUGGACACGCGGCAGCCAUCGCAGCGACCGUACACCUCUACUACUGUUGCGCCGCUGAUCCAAGGUUAAAGUUCAAAUCAAAAACGGAUUUUGCAAAAUGCAGACGGUUUUUGAAGAGUUUUGUCUCCUUUUCCCCUGCAUGUGACUCGCUGGAUCAAACCCUGGAUAAGAUGACGCGCAUUGCAUCUGGGUCGGAGAAAGUGGACUUUGACUGGGAACCGUCCAAAAUCCAUCUAAGCAUCCCCCUGAUGUGGGAUCUCCUUCAAAUCAACUGUACACCAGACUCACAAGACGCCUCCGCCUCUGGCUUAUUACACCCUUCGCUUACCCCUGCAGUGUUUCCAGAGGAGAUGGAGAGCUCCACUUCUACUCUCGAGAUCAUCGUUGCGAUGUCCCCAGAGAUCAAUGUCAACACGGCCGAUGGGGGCUCGGCCGCCCAUGUGCCACCAAACCUACCGCACUUGUCUUCAAUGCCGGUCUCACCAGCUAACUCCAAUCCGGCUAUGGGAGACAAGCUAGUGGCACCUGCAGACAGUCUCAUGGCCAACACGCCUUGGUUAUGGACUGAUCCUUCACAAUUUGUUGAUAUGGAUAGCAUUGGCUAUGCCGAGUCGGAAUCUGCCAUGGGCAAUACAGGCGAUGGCUUUUCCACUUGGUGGGACAUUGGCAAUCUAUAA